AUGACGGGCGACCCCAGUUCCGAACCUGCUGUCCAGGAUGAAGUUGCCGCUCAGCAUUGUGCCGCCGAACGUUACGAACCAGUGCUUGAGGGGCCCUUGGUGGGACACAAGCUGAGCAGCGAUGUCAUCACCGCUGAGUACGCGAAAGCAGACCCCGUCUACGUUGAGAAGACAGUUACCUAUUCUCAUUUUCGACCAAUCCAAGGUGACGGUAACUGUGGCUGGAGAGCGAUCGCUUUCAGUUACUUUGAACAUCUUGUGCUUGCCAGCGAUCCGGAUAAGCUUCUUCAGGAAAUCGCCCGUCUUACAAGCCUCAACAACUACAUUUCCAAUGUUGGUGGAUACGACUUCACCUUGUUCGAGGACAUGGUCCAAGAAACCGUGACCUUGCUCAAGGAGGUGGCCCAGCUCUCAGGCGAACCCCUUGCAGCCAUGGAUCACCUGCUCAAACGUUUCAAUGACCCCGAAUGUGCGAACGGCAUCAUCUACCAUAUGCGACUUCUUGCUGGCUCCUGGCUCAAGGGCAACGUCGCCGAGUACGAACCCUUCUUCGUCGGUGACGGCGGUCUCCAUCACUGGUGCCACGUCAACAUCGAAUCCCCCAACCGGGAGAUCGAUCAUGUCGGCAUCACCUUGCUCACCGCCAUCCUCCUUAAGCCCGCCGGCUUCGUCCUUGAAAUCGCCUAUCUCGACCGGACCCCCGGGACCCAAGCCAACGUCUACCGUUUCCCCGAGGAAGCCACUGGACAAGAUGCGGACAACCUGGGUCCCAUAAUCUACCUGCUGUUCCGACCUGACCACUAUGACAUCCUCUAUAAGGCCUUGCCCGAAGAGGUGCCCCUCUCGCGCACAGCUGGAGCCGUACCAGUAUCAGAUCCUUCACCUCCACCUGGUGCUGGAAAUUUGCAGGUGAACCUAGUUACCUUCGCCCACCAACACCACCAAAUUAUCAGUGCCCCGCCUUCCCUGCGUGACUUUUCGAUAGUUGAUUACACCGAGCUGGCUCGGCUUCCCGGCUCUGGCGGCCCGCCUUCCGUCAUAUCCUCAUCCGUGGCCGCCCCGGCGGCACCCUCUCCGAUGCACAAUGCAUUCAGCGUCUCGCCUCAGAGUCCCUGGUUGAUGGACCCCUUUCCCGAGUCUGGCAUCCCACAGGCGAUAGCGUCUCAGCCGCAACCGCUGCCGCCGGCUGUGUCAACCCAGGCGCUUCCUCAUCCUCCACCACAACCCCUCGCCCCCGCGGCGCAAGCGAAUCCGACUAAGACGGGCCAGACGGUCGACUACCAGCUGCGUUUCAGCUCGCAGUGCUUCCACCUCAAAAACUCCCCGGUGGAACGGUCCCUGUUGAGUCAGAACUCGUUUCCCGAACCAGGCUUCACCACAACCAUGUUCAAGAACAGCCACUUCAACAAAGCGCAUUACAACAACCCGCAGUUCCACCCGGAGCAAUGGACACCGGACGACUAA